UACGACACUAGAAAGAACUAAUUUCUAUCGUUGGACUCAGAGGCAUAUUUUUUAGAUUUGAAUAUUAUUAAAAUUUACACAUUAUGGAAGAAGAAGGAGAAAGUAUUUUGUUAGAAGAGAAUUACUAUCAAUUACUAAAUGUCUCGAAGACGGCAACCCCAGAAGAAAUCAAUAGUGCCUACCGGCGAUUUUCACGCAUGUUCCACCCAGACAAACACAGUAUGGACCCAAACAAGCAGAAAUGGGCUGAACAGAUAUUCAACAAAGUUAAAGAGGCAUAUGAAGUGUUAUCAGACUCACACAAGAGAGCAAUUUAUGAUACACUAGGAAAGCGUGGAUUAGAAGUUGAGGGUUGGGAAGUUAUCUUCCGUACACGCACUCCAAGGGAAAUCAGAGAGGAAUAUGAAAGAUUGAAACGAGAAAGAGAAGAGAGAAGACUGCAACAAAGUGCAAAUCCACGAGGAACUAUAACCCUCUCUAUUAAUGCAACAGAUAUGUUUAUGAAGUACUAUGACGAAUAUGAAAUUAUGGAAGAUACCACAAUCAUCCCGAAUAUUGAAGUAUCUGGGAUGACUAUUCAACAAUCAAUUGAUGCACCCGUAACACUAAGAGACACAAUGACAUUGUCAGGAAACAUAUCCACUCAAAAUGGCAUAGGUACUGGGUCGGUGAACAUAAGCAAUAGACAUUUAAGUUCAGAGAAAGGAUGGACAGAAUGUGAAUUUGGUAUGGGUAAUGGCCCACUCGUUGGCUUCAAGGUGUUUCGAACACUAUCCAGGCUUAUGUUCCUAAAUUGUGGCACAGUUUUCCAAUUUACUCCCAGGGGAAUAUCACCUAGUCUUAUAUCAACUAUGGCACUUCAAUUGGACGCUCAUUCAGUGGGAUAUCUAACCUAUCGCGCUGGAGGGCAAGGUGGUUCUUCUAUGACUUCCAUUUAUAUUAGAGACUCUGAAAAAUACCACUCAAACACGGCCGUGCAGAUAGGCAAUCCACACUCGUUCAUCUCAUUCAACAUCAUGAGGAAACUGCCCCAACAUGAAAUGAAGUUGCGGUUGGCACUCAAGUUGGGAACAUUUGGUGUCAUAGCUGAGUAUGGGGCGGAGAAGAAAGUGUCACAAAACAGCAGUGUGUCGGCAGCGGUCAUGUUAGGUGUGCCUAGUGGCGUAAUGCUUAAACUCAAGUGGACCUGUUCAACACAGUCCAUAGUUAUUCCAAUCCAUCUAUGCGAAGAGGUGUUGCCGUCGCCCGUGUUCUACGCGACUGUUGUCCCAUUGGUGUCCUGGCUCUUGCUGAAGAAGGUUGUCUUGGACCCCAUCGCUAAAGAACGGCAGGAGCGUGAAAGACAGCGAUCAAUGGAAGCUAACUACGAAAGGUUGCAGGAAAUGCAGCGUCAAGCUCGUGCCACUGUAGAGUUAAUGCGGGAAACGUACUCCAGGAUAAGAAGUGAAGAGGAAAAGAAAAAGGGGCUCGUUAUAGUACGAGCUAUAUACGGAAAGCUUCCUGCGGGGCUGUCACACCACGACGUAUCAGUAGAACAAUUCGGCGACGGCGUCUCUCCAGAUUCCCCCGUGCCUUACAGCGAAGUGAUCGACGUUACCAUUCCAAUCCAGUGUCUCGUCAAAGACUCGCGCUUAGAACUACUGGAGGCUAGUAAGUCCGAAUUGCCCGGUUUCUUCGACCCGAGUGUUGGCGACGACAAGCACUUGACCAUUCAGUACAUGUUCCGCAGCAACCUGCACCGAUGCACCGUCAGUGACCGUCAGGCAGUCGUUCUGCCACGUAACAAUCAUCGGCUAAAAAAUAGAUCCUGAAAAUUAAAGUCGGGGCGCAAGUAUGAAUUACCGCGUUACACGGACAGGCUUGCAUCCUAAAUACUACUUAAAGAAAUAAGGGCAUAGUUGAUUCUUGUGACGACGUAUAGAAGAAGUUUCUAGCGAAAUCCCGGAAAUUGUGUGCGCUAGCUACGUAGUCAUAAAAUCGUAUUGAUAUCCUGCUAUCCUGGUAGUGCGGCGUGGAAGGCAACUAGUAACAUUCCAAUUUUCUGUAAUCGGACCUAACACCUUUAUUUUUUUUUAAUUGUGACAGUAUGGAGAAUCCUCCCGGAUUCUAGCCUUACAUACAUCCAACGAAAUGAGACUUACAUGAAACUAAGUCGAUCAGCACCAAAACAAAUAAUGAAUUUGGUUCCAUUUUGUGGAUAGCUUACGCUUGACCAAAAAUUGACUAUGUCUCUCCUAUAGUUUAAGAUUUCGCCAUACUGUCCCAUUAAAAAAAUACACUGUAUAAUAUAAUUCAUUACCAAAAAAUUUCAAAUAAUUGUACAAUGCUGCGUGACAACCUUAUUUUGAUAUACAAUUACAUUUUCUGUGCGAUGGCUCAAACGUUGUGUACGUAUUAAUCACAACGAACAACGUACGUAACAAAUUAUUGUGUGUAAUGAUUGCGUAUAUAAAUAGUGUGUUUGUAGUUGUAUUUCGUUUUCCAGUCAACCUUAUGAGAUAUCAGUGCGAAUUUCUUGACUAUUUUCAACUGGUCGUUUGUAACGGCUGUCAUUGAUUUUCUGGAUUCCGUAUGGAAUUGGCGGUUUUGCGUAUUAUUCUUGCAUUAAUGUCUCUAAAUAUUACAAACGCGUGAAACCCAUCGAGCUUCGUCGAUGAGCUAAAUAUAUUUUGAAAAUAUGCAUGUUACAUUUAGUAUUGUUUUUCUUUAUAAUUAUUUUGUAAUAUAUUAGUAGUGAGUGACUUUUUAAUGUGACAACACUGGUGGCUGCUGGCGAAUCAUUUUCGGCAACUUACAAAAUAAUGACUUACAAAUAUUUAUGACAAAAUAAAAUAUUUAUGACUUACAAAAUAUUUCUAUCUCCUUAUUAGCGGAUAGAAACAAAGUUGUUUAAAAAAGCUACCGUUCGCUAAGAUACACGCCUUUGUCUAGUUUCUUUGAUUUAUAAUUGGUGUACUCUAUUUAUUACCGAAUGUUUUAUAGUUAGACGCAAUUUAGAUUGUUCGUUAUCAGUGCUAUUCUGUAUUUCUUGUUACCAGACUGUUAUAAGAAUAUCCACUGGAAAAUAAAAAGUA